UUCCUGGGGCUGGGGGGAUGUGCCUCUGUGUGCUCUGUAGCUGUGCUGACGCUACUGCAUGUAAAAUUAGCUGGCUGCAGCCUUUCAGGGACACCUCUUGCGGACCGCCGGAGCCCACAGUGCAAUAAAUAUGGCAGCAGAGCUAUCCACCUCCAUAAACAUCAAGGAGCCCCGGUGGGACCAGAGCACAUUCGUAGGUCGGGCCAAACAUUUCUUCACUGUCACAGACCCCAGGAACAUUCUCCUCACCAACGAUCAACUAGCACAUGCACACAAAGUCAUCACUGACUACAGAAAGGGUGUAGUCUCCCCAGGACUGACAGAAGAUGAACUGUGGAGAGCCAAAUAUAUUUUUGAUUCAGCCUUCCAUCCUGAUACUGGAGAGAAGAUGAUCCUGAUUGGCCGCAUGUCAGCUCAGGUGCCAAUGAACAUGACGAUCACUGGAUGCAUGAUGACAUUUUACAAGACAACUCCAGCUGUGUUGUUCUGGCAGUGGAUCAACCAGUCUUUCAAUGCAAUAGUCAAUUACACCAACCGGAGCGGUGAUGCUCCCAUCACGGUCAGUCAGCUUGGCACAGCUUAUGUGUCUGCCACCACAGGGGCGGUUGCCACCGCUCUAGGACUAAAUGCACUAACAAAGCACAUCUCACCCCUGAUUGGACGGUUUGUUCCAUUUGCUGCUGUAGCUGCUGCUAACUGUAUCAACAUCCCUCUGAUGAGACAAAGAGAACUUCAACACGGCAUUCCCAUCACAGAUGAGAAUGACAACAGGUUAGGAGAGUCUACAAAAGCUGCACAGCAGGCCAUCUCUCAGGUUGUGGUCUCCAGGAUCCUCAUGGCUUCUCCAGGAAUGGCUAUCCCUCCGUUUUUAAUGAACCAUUUGGAAAAGAAGGCCUUUCUGAGGAAGUUCCCAUGGAUGAGUGCACCUAUUCAAGUCGGCCUGGUGGGAUUCUGCCUGGUGUUUGCCACUCCACUGUGCUGUGCAUUGUUCCCUCAGAAGAGUUCUAUGUCAGUCAGCCGCCUGGAGCCUGAGCUGCAGGAGAAAAUCCGGGCCAGCCACCCCGGGGUGGAGAGGGUCUACUUCAACAAAGGGCUAUGAGUGUGUAGCCCCCUCAUCCAAACACUGCCAUAACACAGCUGCACCGACCGAGCGGUCCUCACCUCUCUGCCAGCCCUCCUCAUUCAGUGUGCCAAAGUUAAGUUUGUGUCUCCUCAUUUCCACCAUUCAGAUGGACACCUGAGGACUCUCCCUCUCUCAGUCUCUUUGUAAUGAGAUGUUCGCUUUUGUCAAUGUGAUUGUCGAUUUUAUUGUAACUGCUAGAGAAGUUUUUCUCCGACUGGGCCGGAUGAAAAGUAUGAUGGCAGAUACUGUAUAGUGGCCAGUGUAAGGUUGUCUAAAGUGGACAUUUUUCUGUGAAGUAUUUUUUUUAAGUUGGUGACUCUGUCAUCACCAAACCAUUUUCAUAUCUGAGGUUGGCAGUCAGUUUAUUUCUUACCUGCAUUAUUAUUGAUUAUAAUCAGAUUUUAACAUUGAUUAUACAAAGACCUCAUGCAUUUGCCAAAUCUGUACACGUUUUUUAGACCUCAUCACCGAUUACAACCUCCUACUCUUGACCGUGUCGUUUCAAAGAAUGGCAUUCACUCUAACUCACUCUAAUUCAGUUCAUUUUGCCAAAUGAGUGAUAUCCAGCGAGCCUCGAGGCCUCUUGACAUCUAAUCAUGAAUCUGAAAAACAACUCUCCAGGGAUCCACCCUAUAAAAUGUGAUGCUAUGAUGGUGGCAGCCAUUGAUGGGCCAACACGGUGCUAUUUGAUGUCUUAAUAAUCAGUGUUUAUCAUACUAUUUAUUCUGCUUGCCAAACAUGCAUGAACAAACCACUCCUCAUAUGAUUUAAUCUCUGUGAAAAAUAUUUUUUCUGUAAAUUCAGUCACGCCGAGGCCACACUCAGGCGAGCUGAGCGGCGGAGACAAAACGUGUCAUAAAUGAUCAUUUUAGGGAAACACACUGGUUCUCACUUACUAAUCCAUAAUCUGCGAUAGUUAAUCCAGGAUUUUAUGAUCAUAGCAUUUAUACCACCAGUAUUCAUUCAUGCCUUACACAGACUUGUACGUUCAGCAACCUUAGGGGUCUGAAUCAUCGCACAAAGUGACAUAUUUUAGAUUUUGUCAUAAGAGGUAUUAUACAGGAUUCCCACAGUAAUUAACUAUUUGUUUUGCCGCAUUGUUUUCCAGACAUGCAUCCACUUGGUAAUGUAAAAUUUUUAUAUGAACAGUAACAGAAAAGUUAAACAUUUUUCCAUGAACUUCUGUGGGAACCAUGAAUAUAAUGAGAUUAUAUAUACAUGCAUUAGAUAUGGAUGUCAGUAUUGUAUUACUGACAUAGAUAUAGUAUUUUAUAAGGCUAGAAAGAUACACAGAAGGAUCCAUUUAACUAAUGUGUGGUUUAAAUAUGAACCGAACCUGCUCUGUGGACUCAUCACAGAGAUCUGACCUCCACCUGUGAAUUCACAGUUAAUAUCCUGGAUCAUUGACAACCCCGCGCUCAGUUUUUCACUGUAUGUUGCUGUUAAAGUGAGAAUAUGCACACAUUAGUUAUAACAUCAGCACACUAUCAGAGAUAAAGCAGGUGCAGUCUUCAAUAUUCAGAUGAUAACGACCUGUCCGGUAUAUUUGGACGCAGUUGGUUGUGUGAGCCUGCUACUGUUUUUUUUACGGUACAAAGAAGAAUAAAGAAUUCUUUAUUAUUCGGCAUUUAAAUUCAGGGAUCGCAGUGAAAAAAGAUGGACCUGAAGCCAGAAAACAACAAGCAGUUUUAAGCAAACCUAUCUUCAUUCUGAAAGUUUAAAAAUUAUUUUAGUCUCCAGUGUGUGUUAAAGUCAUUUGGUCCAAAUGCUAAUGUUUACAUUUAAAUUGCAUAAAAAUGCUUGUGAACAAUGAUUUGAUUGCAUCUUUUGCUCAUCAUGGUGUGUAAUUUCUGUAAGGUGUUUAAUGUUUAAUAUAAUGUAAAUCUACUUACAUAUAUUGCUGUAUAAGUAACUUUACUUUAGAUCGUCAGUGUUUCAUGAGAGAUGUGUUGGAGUCGGAGCCGUUCCCUAGCUGGUUUGAAGUGAAGUUUGUUAUUAUUCUAGUGUUAAAAGGUUAACUGAAUGUAGCAUUUUGCAAUUAACAGCUGUUUACGAUGUGUUAGUCCAGAGAAGCACAAUGUUGUAACAGAUUUAAAAUGCUGCACAUUUUAAAAACUUGUUAAACCUGUUCAGUUUCCUGACCACAAUGUUUUUGAGUACACUGAUCUGUGAGGGAGGAAAGAAAGAUAAAUACGAAACUUUCCCUUUGGUUGACAUUAUUUCCGAGUGUCCCCUGACCUCUGACUGCAUCCCAUGAGAACUAAC